UUUCACAUAUGCCCAUUAUGUUUUAUUAUAUAAUAAUCUACCAAAUAGAGAUUUUUAAGUGAUGAAUAGGUCUCUUUUGUAUUGGUCAAUCAAAUUAAAUCAAACCGCAGAUAUGAAUGCAAUAAGCCAGUGAUUUUUUCUCGAUUGAUCUGUAACAAUCCCUAUAUACGAACAUCUGACGCCACAAUAUUCACUUGUUUUAAAUCUUAAUUUUCAGAGCCGUACUUUACUACGCAAAUGAUAAUUCCUGUCUCCAGUCUUCACUGAUUAAUUAAAUUGGUGCCAUUUAUUCUUCUGUUGAUCUGCGCUUCCUCGGUACAGGAAUUUCUUCUCAAUGCAGUUCCAACCGAGAAUAUGUUGUAUCAGUGUAUAAUAGAGAGAAAUGACGAAAAUGGUAGUACGCUGCAACCAGCGAGUUGGCAUAAAGAAGUCUUUCAACACUGUACAUCCGCUCAAAGGGAUGCAAAUACGAAACAAAACUACAGCACACCGCAUCCGAAGUUUUUCCAAGAACCUCAGAAACAAAACCAGCUGCCUGUGCAGUGUUUACGAUUACAACCGCCCUCGAAACCGCCGCCUGUGCUUUUAAUCAUUGAUGAAAAAAUUACGGAAUAUGGUAAAUCAAAGAAAAAAAUAUCAAAUGGCUCACAACGCGGGAAAAAUCUCCAGCAACGGUCUGCCACACUUCCAGUAAAAAAUUGUGGCUCAGUUAUUCGUAAUCGUGUAACAUUUCGUGCCCCAUCACAAGUUCUGCCUUUGGGGGACUAUAGUAAUUAUAUUAAUAACAAUAGCACUGACUACCGUGUUCACGCAUUAAAUAUUAAAAUGACUUCGGAAGAUCUUUUACAACCAGGCCAUGUCGUAAAAGAACGUUGGAAAGUUGUUCGAAAAAUAGGAGGAGGGGGAUUCGGAGAAAUCUAUGAAGGCCAAGAUUUAAUUACUCGAGAGCAAGUUGCGUUAAAAGUAGAAUCGGCUCGUCAGCCAAAGCAGGUUCUGAAAAUGGAAGUUGCCGUUCUAAAAAAAUUGCAAGGAAAAGAGCAUGUUUGUCGUUUCAUUGGUUGUGGUCGAAAUGAUCGAUUUAAUUAUGUUGUGAUGCAAUUACAAGGUAAAAACCUUGCAGAACUACGUCGGGCUCAACCUCGUGGAGCAUUUUCAUUAAGUACAACUCUGCGAUUGGGAUUACAGAUAUUAAAAGCUAUUGAAUCUAUUCAUUCAGUAGGAUUCUUACACCGUGAUAUUAAACCUAGUAACUUUUCAAUAGGACGUCUGCCAUAUAAUUGUCGUCGAGUGUAUAUGUUAGAUUUUGGUCUCGCCCGACAAUACACCACAGGAACCGGUGAAGUUCGUUGUCCGCGUGCCGCGGCUGGUUUCCGUGGCACUGUACGUUACGCUUCGAUAAAUGCACAUAGAAACCGUGAAAUGGGUCGUCAUGAUGACUUGUGGUCUUUAUUUUAUAUGCUAGUCGAGUUUGUCAAUGGACAAUUGCCGUGGCGUAAGAUCAAAGAUAAGGAGCAAGUAGGCUUAACUAAAGAAAAAUACGAUCACCGUAUUUUACUCAAACAUUUACCUUCUGACUUAAAACAAUUUUUGGAACAUAUUCAAUCACUUACAUACUCCGAUCGUCCAGACUACGCCAUGUUGAUUGGGCUAUUUGAGCGUUGUAUGAAACGGAGAGGGGUAAAAGAUUCGGAUCCUUAUGAUUGGGAAAAAAUCGAUACUGUUAACACGACGCCUAGUCAGGUACCAAACACUGUACAAGUGACAAGUAAAAACGAAUGUAUACACGGAAAUAUUACACAGAUGACAGUUGCUCCGUCAAAUGCUAGUGGGACCGAAUAUAUACGCCGUCGUAAUGAUAUCGAUACACCUCUAAUGGUUUCUACAGAGCCUGUAAAUGUAAAGGAAAAGGUUGAUAAAAACUGUAAUGCAACUUCUCCACAGUUCGAUGGUCCUUUGCAGAAUAUGAGUUCAUGUAAUCAAGACAACGCUCAAAAGACAAAUCCAUGUACAACACUAAUAGUCGCAAAUUGUGGCAAUGAUGUGGGUGGCAUAUCACUAGAUCAAUCCCAAGAUCAGAAAAUCUCAACAAAGUUAUCAUCACAGCCUCUAUUAAUUUUAUCGCAAGCACCGACAAUAUUGCCUUCCUCUGCCCAAAAUGCUGCUAUUUCCGCUGGUGCAAUCAAGACGUCUUCUGUAGUAACAACUUCCAACCAUGCAGACAUUACUGCUUCUGUUACUCAGACACAUACACCUAAACAUCAACAAAAACAGCAUUUUCUUCAUGGGCAUUUAAACAACCAACAUACUCCAAAUGUCACAUCUACGAGGACUGGAAACAGACAUUGCUUUUCUACUAUUCAGGCCCAAAUCGUUGGAUGCGUUGAAGAAGUUGGAGAAAAUUCGGUAUCGGUACAAGCCUAUUUGCAAAUGGACCGGAAUCUUGUUGGAAAUGAGCAGAAUAAUCAGAUCAUUGGAGAAAGUGACGCAGCUCUUAAGCGUACUGUUGGGGAAGCUCUAAAAGCUUGCUGCUCGCCUACAAAACUUCAAACGGGCUCCAGCAUUAAAAACCAUACUGUUUCCAAUUUUAAUAGGGAUGUGAAAGUUAUUGAUCCACUUAUGAAAGGAACAGCGAGUGUGUACGACUUAGCAAUGAGCACUGGAGGUCUUGUGGUAACAGAGAAAUCUUCUCAGCAUGAUCAAGAUGGAUCGCCAUUUUCCUUUGAUGCUGCUACAGGAGUCUCAAAAGGCGGAGUCGCCGCUGUCAGCAACUCAAGCGUCCUUCACGUAAAAUCUACUGGGGCAUUGCAUACAAAUAGUACUCCAUAUACAAAUCGUAGAUCAGCAACAGCUUCUAAUUCGCGACCAGGAUUUAGCUCUGGCGGAGCUGUUCAGCGUGUUGGUAGUGGUGGGACAACUCGCGGCAGUAGUGGAUAUGGCGCAGUCGGUGAUCAUUCCAUGACUCAGUUUGCCUUGAUAGAUGAUGAAAAUGUCUCAGCUUUGCAACAAGUAACUAAAGGCGGUGGAGCACUUACCUUAGCUUCUCAGUGGAAAAGUCAGUUUGAUGACUCGGAGGAUACAACAGAUAAUGAGUGGAAACAAGAACCGCAGAGUCCAGAUCAUAAAUCUAUCGCGAAAGUUAUUAAACAACAGCCGAAUUUGUCUGAUGACACUAAAGUACAAAAAACCAAUAAUCCACAAGCAGACAAUUUAGCAAUAAAUGCGAUGAACAGAGUCGAAUCUUUACGAGGCAUAUACAGUGUAGAAUCAGCUGAUUUACUCGGUGAAGAAACAGUAAAACGAAAAGAAAAUAAGCUGUCACAGAAGCCAAUACAUGAAAAGUGCAACUUGAAUAUUGCGGGUAUUGACAACUGUUCAAAUUUGGAAGAAUCUAUUCCACGAUGUUGGUCGGAGCCGGCCAUUGGUAAUAUACUGCGCAAAGAUUUAGAGCCACCGCUUAUACAGCAAGCUGCGUUUGAUAACAUAGCUUAUCGUUUGGAUAUUAGUAGAAAUGUAUGUGUUCGUGAAAGGCUUUUAACUCCUUCAAAUUCAUCGGCUAAGCUUCAGCCGCUUGGCAAAACGGUAUGUUCUUGUGAUGAUGAUAACUCUAGUAAGGUGGUUAAUGAAACAAGAAAUGAUAAAGUACAUAACAGUUUGCCAAAUUUAAGUUUACUUGGCUGUAGACAGCAAAAGGAAAAUAUUUUUCGGCUACUUGAUUUUAAAGUAAUACCUUGGAGAAUGGAAGCUAACACCGUUCAAAGAUCUAGAGUGCCUAUAUCCGUUCGUUAUUGCGAAACAUAUAAACAACCUGAAGCAGCAGCGUCUUUCCAAAAGAAACAAUGUCUUCCAGCUUUAGCUGGCAAUAGCAGUUUUAGUCAAGAAUUGAUACAAGAUGAAGGCUGCGUAAAUGGCCGCUUGGAAAUUCGAGUUAUACUAAGAGAUAAAACGGUUCCUGAGGAGAUUCUAUCCUAUGAUGAAUUACCUACAGAAGUUACAGUCGCUAAGAAUUCAAUAAAAGUUGUUGAUAAUACCGUUACAACUCUAGAAGGAAAUCAGUUUACGACAGCUACGGCAAUGGCUAUAGACGAGAUGUCCACAAAUCAACAAUUUAGUAAUGCAAUACAACACGAUAAAAGUACUCCGAACUUUUGUUGCGAACUUGUUGCCGAAAGAGAAGAGACAUUUAGUACUGUGAAAAAUUCAAGUGUAUGCGAUGGUAUUAAUGACAAAAGUAUGGCAUCAAGGCGAUCAAAUAAUAUUGAAGCCACAGCUGUAUCACAAAAUACACCAUCCAGUUCUGCGCAUGGUAAUAUAUAUGGAUUAGUUGCAUCUAAGAAUAUUGAAAUGCCUUGUUUCGCAACCAUACCAGCUAGUAAAAUACCUAUUUUCAACUGUCGUCUAUCAAAAUGUGCUUCCUGGUCUGGUUCAGAUGGAACGGCCUUAACUUUGGUGGAAACAACUUCAUUCGGAGGGGCGGCAACUACACUACAACCGCAAAUUGCAAGUACUAAUGAAAGGAGUUUGAGCCUCUAUGCAAAAAAGACAGCGGAUGAUAGCAACCGCGCUAAUUUAAUUCAAAAUCCAAAUACGAUGGAAUUAACACCAGCUCUACGAAGAAGACGAGAAUCGGAAAAAUUUGAAACUGAUCCUUGUCAAUUAAAUAUACGCUUUGCCAGACCUUUUUCUCGCCACAGUAGUCGUUUUCGUGGUAUACCUACAUCAUUCAUAGGCCGUUUUGAAGAUCAACCAUCUGAUAGCAGUGAAGAGGUUCAAGUUCAAGCAGAGAAGAAUAACGAAAAUAACGUUGAAGGAAAUAUUCGAAAUACGAAUACCAGUGCACAGAAUGAAAUACCAUUCGAGUGUAAUGAAGGAGAAUUGUUGUGCAAUAUGGUAGCAGAUCUAAAAUCAUCUGAUACUACGAUGCAUAAUGACAUUACACCACCACCUGGUGCUCCAAAACUAGAAAAUAGUGCCCGCUUACGUCGUUAUAGACAUAAUAAUAUAGAUUAAAAAAUGGUCCCGAAAAUUGUACCUAGCUAACUUCAAUGAGUAAUUUAACAGAAUAAUUAUUAAUCAGAAUUCUAAUCAGAAUUCUAUCGGAUUGCUGCAUAAUUGUGAUUAUUAUCUACUUAUGAAGGGCUAAUUACAUUGUUUUUCUCCUUUUGAACUCUUGCAGACUCCAUGGUAAAUUAUUCAAUGUUAACCAAUACCAUUAAAAUUGUUUAUCCUAAUAAUAUAAUUUUAUGAAUUAAUUUCAAGGAUGAAAUGCAGGAAAGGUGUUUAGGUAUAACUUCGUUAAUUUCUUUACUUAUUUUGUCUAAAAUAUUAGUAUGCAUAUAUUGUAUUUAUUAGAAUUUAGUUUAAAUUUUUAGUUAAUAACAGGCACACUCAUGCUAUUUACUUCAAUUGUUAAUUUUGCGUUCAAAAAAGCUUUGUAGAACUGCAAAAAUAUUGAUCCAAAUUAGCAAAAUCAAACUAAAAUUGUAUUCAGAUCAGAGUCAUAUUAAAAUAAAAAUCGUAGGAACACCUAUUUAUGAAAUCACGAUAAUAUCAAUAUAUUUUUCUAUAGAACAAAGCAACUGAAAAGACUGUCUCAGACAACUGUAAGGACCAGUGGGUGCUCGAUAAAUAAAAGAAUUAGUUUAAUAUAUAGUUUAUCGGUUAACAGCUUAGAUAAGUCGCACGUUUAAAUGCGUUUAAAGUGGUAUUUCGCUUCAAAUCGUGUUGUUAACAUGCAUGCAUAUAUGCAUGUAGGUGUCUCAGACAACUGUAAGGACCAGUGGGUGCUCGAUAAAUAAAAGAAUUAGUUUAAUAUAUAGUUUAUCGGUUAACAGCUUAGAUAAGUCGCACGUUUAAAUGCGUUUAAAGUGGUAUUUCGCUUCAAAUCGUGUUGUUAACAUGCAUGCAUUUACAUUGGAAAAGCACCGGCAAUCAAAAGCUCGUGCCAAAAAAUUAAUUUUCAAUUUUAAUCGAGUCACAUUUCAAGAAAUUUCGCCAACAGAUUUGUUCGUAAUAUCAAAAGUGUUUAUAGAUUUGUAAUUGACAAUGCAUUCAAAUGAAAACAAUUGAAGCUAGCUUCAAAAGUUUUGAUAGUAAUUAUUAAAUUAUA